CCAAAAGGCCAAACCACGUGUACGUCUUCUCUUCCAAUGGCACUGGCAGGAUUAUGAUUUUGAGAGAAGAUAAUCUGCCCAAAAAUAUUAAAUAAAAAAAAAAGUACAAAAAGUGAAGAUAGAAAUCAAGCAGAGUUUAGCCACUUAAUUUGUUGAAGAAAAUGGCUGUUUCUCAUGUCUCUGCUUCCGUCAACCUCUCCAUCUAUGAUUCAUGUACCCGCCAUUCUCCAAGACUCGGUACAAUUUCAAGGCUACCCACCUCAAAUUUUGCUCGAAAUGCUACAUCUUUUGUCAGGGGUUCUCCACUUGUGAUACGGACAAGCUCUGCUCAAUUGAAGGCUGUACAAAAAUCAAACUCAGUUUCUAUUAAGUGCGAGCAAAGUGCAAAUGAUGGAAAUGGAUUGGAUGUAUGGUUAGGAAGGAUCGCUAUGAUUGGGUUUGCUGUGGCAAUUACUAUUGAAGUAUCAACUGGCAAGGGACUUCUCGAGAACUUUGGGCUCUCAUCCCCAUUGCCGACUGUGGCUCUGGCGGUAACAGGACUGGUCGGAGUUCUGACUGCUGUCUUCAUAUUCCAGUCUGCUUCAAAGAAUUGUGAUAUGUUGAAGAUCAGUAGAAAGGUGAUCAAUAUCUUUGCUGUUGAAUUUCCAGUUCUCCACCUUGUCGGAUAUUUUUAUUCCUCCAUGGGCGUAGGCACAUCCCGUCUGAUGAAGAGGCGGCUCUCUAAGCAUCAGACCAAAAUACUGAUGGUUGGCCUCGACUCUUCAGGGAAGACAACAAUCCUUUUCAAGCUCAAGCUCGGACAAGUUGUACGGACACUCCCCACGAUAGGUUUCAAUGUGGAGACAGUCGAAUACAAUAACAUAAGUUUUGCUGUGUGGGAUCUUGGUGGACAAGAGAAGAUUCGGGCAUUAUGGAAACACUAUUUUCGGAACACCCAAGGACUCAUAUUCGUUGUGGACAGCACUGACAGAGGAAGGAUUAUUGAAGCUCGUAAUCAGCUUCACCGGAUUCUUACUGAGGGUGAACUGUGUAAUGCUGCAGUAUUGAUUUUUGCCAACAAGCAAGACCUUCCAAAUGCUAUGUCUGUCUCAGAGGUAGCUCAGAAGCUUGGGUUACAUCUGCUUCGUGAUCGCAGAUGGUUUAUCCAGGAUGCUUCUGCAAUAACUGGCCGCGGACUUUAUCAAGGUCUUGACUGGUUACAUCAGAAUAUCUGUGACAAGCCUACACGAUAGAUGCCUUCCACCCAAAAAUUUGCACAAUUGAUAGUAAAAUACAUACUAGUACACUGAGAUUAAGGAUGAUAAGUUUUUAGUUUCAUCUGAAAGAUUGUAGCCAAUGUAAAAUUGUCUCAUUUUUUCCCAGAUAUUUUUUUUAUAGUUUCUCUGCAUGACUGCAUCGUCUGCAUGGAUAAAGGCAGCAGAACAAAGGCGAACAUAUCAGACCUCAGAACGAUAAAGGAUCCCUUCUAAAUAAUGUCUAAAACCUUUUCUAAAGUUGCAUUUUAAAGCUUGGAUAUCUAUUUUUUUGAGAGAAAAAGGCCUAAAUAAAGAUGAUGAUUCUUUUUUCUUUUUCAAAA